AUGUGGUAUCAUAACUUAUUGGUACAAUUGUUGGUUAUUAUUCAGUUUUGUUUUACUCAACAACAAGUAACCGAUACUUUUCCAAAUCCUCGAACCAAUGGCUACAGAGAUUGUGGAUUAAAAUCGAAAGGAUAUGUUUGUGAUCCAGAAAAACAACUUACCGAACAAGAAAGAUAUCGAUUAAACAAUGAUUUACUCCAACUGUCACGACGAACAUCGGGUGAUCAAAGUGCAGACUUUUGUGCCACAAAAGGUGCUGAUGCAACAUUAUUCAUCACAAGACAGGGUAGUAAACAAUUAGCAGAUAAAUUGCAAAACCUUUGGGCAGUUGAUGGACAAUGUAAGAAAUCGAUUACAUUUGUACUCUCGACCAAUGAUCGCAGAUUAUAUUAUGCAGCCGAUGAGCAUUCUCCCAUAUCGGCUAAUACUUUCGAAAAAGUAAUCAACGAACAACAGGAACUUUUAAGUGAUGGCAAAUUUACGAUAGCUUUAACGACGAUAUUUACGAAACUUGGCGGAUUUGUUCAGGAAGACAACAAGAAAGAAACAAAUACAAACGAUGAUGCGUAUAGAAGGGGAACAUCGAUGGGUAUUCCACCACUACAAAUCAGCGUUCUUUCAUAUUUUAUGAUAAUUUUAUCAGUUGCCUUACAUUUACUCGCUGUAUAAUAAUCGAUUCAUUGUUUUUCAGCACAAUUCAUAAAAUCUAGAAAGCCUUAAAGAUACCCAAAAAAUCUAAUUUAUUCAUUGUAAAAAUUCCA